CCGGGUUCAAGAGAACUCCAAUGAUUCAAUUUCGCUUUUUGCAUUUGAUUUGGGCACGGCUUCCAUCUAUUUCGCUCCGGCUUAUCACAACCACGGCAAGCAGGAUCAAUUGCAACCCCGUCGCCGCCCGAAAUGCCUCUAGGAAUCAAGCUCGAGAAGAAGGCUGAGCUGAUAGACAAUACGGCAUUGGCAAACUUGAAGCUCUACAAGUACUCCUCCGUCGACAAGAGCUUCAUCUCCAACCACAUCCUACGGCACUACUGGAAUGCGGCAGCUGAGCUUAUGCCGUUAUGGCUCGCGCCAAACGUGAUCACGCUUAUCGGCCUUAUGUUUAUCUACGCGAACGUGCUCUGCAUCCUAAUUUACGUGCCAGACCUUGUGGGCCCCGGUCCCUCAUGGCUCUACUAUUCGUUUGCGGCCGGACUCUGGAUGUACUCAACCAUGGACAAUGUCGACGGUAAACAAGCCCGCCGAACGGGUUCGUCAUCCCCGCUCGGAGAGCUGUUUGAUCAUGGUAUUGAUUCGUUAAAUUGCACUCUCGGAGGUCUGAUCGAAACCGCCUGCAUGGGUCUCGGACCCACGCCCGCUGGUGCAUUCAUAACACUGGUAUCGUGCCUCGCCAUGUUUUUCUCGACUUGGGAGACCUACCACACGCAUACCCUGUACCUUGGGUACAUCAAUGGACCCACCGAAGGCAUCAUUAUUGCCUGCCUCUUGAUGAUUGUUUCUGGUAUCUUUGGACCACAGAUCUGGCAACUGAAUCUUGACGAGAUUAUUGAGGUUCCCUCUUUUCUACCAGAAUCUGCGGCUUUCAUUCGUGUAAGCGACAUUUUCGUUCUGGUCGUCGCCUCCGCUUUCUUUUUUGCCCAUCUUCCCUUCUGCGUUUACAAUGUCUACCAAGCUCGGGCAUCAAAAGGAAAGUCGUUCUACCCAGUCUUGCUGGAAAUCGUGCCCUUCGUCUGGGCAUCAGUUUCGGUAUUCGUCUGGUUAGGAAGCGAAUAUUCAGAUGUCUUGUACAAAAACCAUCUGGUCUUAUUUGCCUUGACAACUUCAUUUGCAUUUGGCCGAGUCACCACGAAGAUUAUUCUUGCGCAUCUCACCCUACAGCCUUUCCCAUACUUCACCAUUCUGCUAGUGCCGAUCUACAUCGCACCGUUCCUCUUCUGGGUACUCCCCAGAGUUUUCGGAGUGAUGACUUUUGUUGGAAAGUUCGAGAUUAUGUAUCUAUGGGCAUACUUCUUUUUCAGCGCCGCCUACUUCCUGUCCUGGGCACGAAUUGUGAUCAACGCCAUCUGCGACUAUUUGGGCAUUAACUGCUUCACCAUUAAAAAUCCUACGAAGAACAAAUAGAGUGUAUGCUUUAAGGUUGUGGACUGAUGUUUUUUCUGGUCAAAGAAGGACCCGAUGUUAGAGGUUGUACAUACAGACAGUAUCAAAUAGUGGUGUUAAAAAGUAGCUGAAUCACUCAGUAUUUGAGUGACUGAAUCUCUUUGUUCUAGCUUCUCUGUUCAAAGAGCCGAUAGAAUUGCUGACUCCGUAGUAUCUUUAGUCAAAGGAAUAAAAGAAGAGCAAUAAAAAUUACAGGACAAAUAAAAAUGUAAAAAAAAAA